ACCUUUGCAGAUAAUGAGAAAUUACACCUUGCUUGAUGAAUUCAUUCUCCUGGGAAUUCCUCAGACAGAAGGCCUGGAGACUCUUCUCUUUGUUGUGUUCUUGUUCAUCUACUUCUUCACCCUGCUUGGGAAUUUGCUCAUCUUCACAGCAAUCAUUUCUUCUUCUACCCUCCACACCCCCAUGUAUUUCUUCUUGGGACUUCUGUCCAUUUUUGACAUGUUGUUCCCAUCGGUAACCUGUCCCAAGAUGCUUCUUUAUCUCUCUGGCCAGAGCCGGGCCAUCUCGUACAGAGGAUGUGCGGCCCAGCUCUUCUUCUAUCAUCUUUUGGGUUCUACUGAAGGAUGCCUCUAUUCUGUGAUGGCUUAUGAUCGUUAUGUCGCCAUCUGUCACCCACUGAGAUACAUGCUCAUCAUGAAACCUGGAGUGUGUGUGAGCUUGGUCACAAUAGCCUGGUUGGUAGGGUGUCUUCAUGCGGGUAUCCUGACAACCUUUACUUUUCAUUUACAGUACUGUGGGUCAAAUCAAGUGGACUACUUCUUCUGUGACCUUCCUGCUGUUUUACCCCUGUCUUGUACUGACAAUAGACUGGCCCAGAAUGUGGGUUCUAUUAAUGUUGGCUUUCUGGCCCUGAUGCUGCUGUUCAGUGUCUGUGUCUCCUAUGCUCACAUUGGGGUUGCCAUUCUGAGAAUCCGUUCGGCAGAGGGUAGGCAGAAAGCGUUCUCUACCUGCAGUGCCCACCUCACUGCCAUCCUCUGUGCCUAUGGACCUGUUAUUAUCAUCUAUCUGCAGUGCACACCCAACCCCCUGCUUGGUGCUGUGGUGCAAAUAUUAAAUAAUAUACUCUCACCCAUGCUGAACUCUUUAAUCUAUUCACUGAGGAACAAGGAAGUGAAAAGGUCCUUGAGAAAGGUUUUCCAGAGUGUAUUCUUUGCUGUUCAUAAAUGAUUAUGGAC